AUUUAACGUGAUCGCCAGCAACUGUAGCGCUAGGCCCUGACUGCAAAGGAAGCAUAUUUGUAGCUUUUGAACAGAGUGGGGACAGCUUCUCUCUAUCAACUCUAUCCAGUCUGGUCAUGAUUUUGAAAGCCUCUAUCAGAUCUUCUCUCAGUCUUCAAUACUGAUGCAGCCCAUAUCUGAAAGCAGCAAGACACUGGCAAUGUCCAGGUUUGAACUGAGAAUUGGCAAGUAAUGUUCACGCUACAGAAAUACCAGACAAUGCUCACUUCCGACAAGAGACAUUCUGACGAUCAUUCCUUGAAUGUCAAAGGCGUUGCCAUCACUGAAUUGCUCAUUAUCAACAUACUGAGCUUAUCAUUGACCAGAAACAAUUUAAUCAACCAUAUAAAUGCUAUGGCUUCAAGAGCAAGUCAGAGGCUAGGAAUUAUGUGGUGAAAAACUCAAUUCCUGACUCCUGAAAGCUUGUCCACCAUUUGCUUGCUUGAUUGACACCUCAUCCGCUGCUGCUGAUGCUUUGUGGCAGCAAAGUGUAAAAUCAUCUGCAAGAUGCAUUGCAAGAACUCCCCAAGGGUUCUUAGAAUGCAUCUUCCAAGCUUGUGACCUCUACUACUGAGAAGGACCAGGGCAGCAUGUAUCUUUCAAGGUGCACACCACUUAGAGAAGCAACUUGCUGUUUCUUGUACUUGCAGCUGGAUCAAAGUCCACAUCCAUGGCUGCAGAAGUAUUUCCAAGUUGUGAGAUUGCAGAAGAAUUGUGAGAGAAAGUGGAGAAGUACCGCUUGUGUGGCAGCCGUAUACAUGCUGACCCCAUGGUUGUGGAUGAUUUUACCAAGAGGGCACCUGAAGAAGAUGAUGGGAAUGAGGUUGCAAGGAUGGAUAUGUGGGAACUCCAGAGAGGUCUUGAAUCCUGGAAUGGCAAAGUGGUUCCUGAGGGUCGGAGCAGUAAUUACUGGAGGGUUAGCGCUGUCCGAUUUAUAUGUUGCGACCCAUGUGGAUCCUAACGACAUUGGAUUUGUUCGAAUUGUACGAGCUAUGGCCACUACUGCAGUCAUCAGUUAUGACUACAUGACCGCACUCAAGAAAGUGGAGUAUGGGACAGAUGAAUACGAGACUGUCAAGUCACAGGUCCAUCGUCGCUCUGCUCAACAUUUGCUGGAUCUCUGCUGUGCUAACAGGGGCACGUUCAUCAAAGUGGGCCAACAUCUGGGCGGUUUGGACUAUCUGCUACCUGAGGAGUACACCAGCACAUUGAAGAUCCUGCAUAGUAAAGCCCCACAGAGCAGUCUGCAGGAAAUUCACAAAGUCAUUGAGGAAGAUCUUGGCAGAGAGAUUCCUCAGCUGUUUGCCAGGUUUGAAGAAACCCCAUUGGGUGCAGCAUCGUGGGCCCAAGUUCACAAGGCAGUAUUACAUGAUGGAAGGACAGUGGCAGUCAAAGUCCAGCACCCGAAGGUGCGCAGUCAAUGUGCCAACGAUGUCAUUUUGAUGGAGCUUCUGGUUCGGUUUGUGUCGUGGACAUUUCCUGAAUUCAGCUUUGCAUGGCUGGUUGAUGAAGCAAAGAAAAACAUGCCACUUGAACUGGAUUUCUUGAAAGAGGGCCAAAACACGGAGAAGGUGGCCUAUAUGCUCAAGCAGUUUCCGUUUCUCAAGGUCCCUAAGAUUCAUUGGGAACUGUCAACCAGUCGUGUUCUGACCAUGGAGUUUAUGGAAGGUGGUCAGGUAAAUGACAGAGAGUACAUGAAGAAAAAUGGCAUUGACGUAAAUGAGAUUUCUCAAAGUCUGGGGAAGAUGUACAGCGAAAUGAUCUUUGUAAAUGGCUUUGUGCAUUGUGACCCACAUCCUGGCAAUGUGUUGGUCAGAAAGUCCACUCAAACCAACAAAACUGAAAUUGUUCUGCUGGAUCAUGGAUUGUAUCAGAACUUGACCGAAGAGUUCCGCCUCGACUACUGCCGCUUGUGGCAUUCUCUGAUAAGAACAGACAUGAAAGGCAUCGAGAUGUACAGCCGGAGGCUGGGGGCUGGGGACCUGUACCCACUCUUUGCCUGCAUGCUCACCGCCAGAUCCUGGGCCUCUAUAACCAAAGGAAUUGACCAGACGCCGGUGUCUGAGACUGAGGACGUGGAGAUUAGAGUAAAAGCAGCUAAAUAUCUGCCGCGCAUCAAUGAACUGCUGAACAAGGUCCCUCGCCAAAUGCUCCUGCUCCUAAAGACUAAUGACCUGCUUCGAGGGAUUGAAACAUCACUCCAGACACGAGCCAAUGCUACCUCCUUUAUCAACAUGUCACGUUGCUGUGUCAGAGCUUUGUCCAGGCACGAGAGGGAUAAAUGUCAGUCCUGGUACGGGAAGCUGAAAAUCUCCUUGUCCGAGACUCUUGAUCUUUGGCAGAUCAACCUUUAUGAGGCAUUGCUGUGGAUUAAGGCAACGUUGCUGGGGAGCUGGAUCGCUGAGAUCUUAGGCUAUCAUCAUCCUCACCCGCAAUGACGCUGCUCUCUGCCAAAGGAAAGAUGAUGAAUAUUUAUUCUCCAGUUCUCUGCUCCUCUGCAGCACUUGACACCUACUCUGGAGGUCUCCCAGAUUUCCUGUGUGCUCUGAUGUUAUAACAGAUCAGGCCUAAUGACUAACAAAAACAGAAGUUGCUAGAUCUGCUCAGCAGGUCUGGCAGCAACUGUGGAGGAAAUCCACAGUUUAUGUUUUGGGUCCAGUGACCCUUUUUCAAAAGAAAGGUUAAUGUCUGGCUUGCUUAAGAGUUUGUUUCCAUCACUGUUAAAAGGUUAAACUGAUUAUCAUACAUUCUGCCAUUCAUUUGUGAUGUUCAUUGGUUCAGUCAUGUAGCGAUCCUCUACCUCCCACUCAUCCCCCUGCCUCCCCCUUACCCCUCCACCUAUCCCUUACCCCCU